AGCGAGCGAGCCGCGCCGAGAGCCGCGCAGACCCGUCGCCAGCAGGGACGGACGCCCGGCCGCCGCAGCCGCCCGGCCGCUAUGGAUCUGUUCGACUUUUUCAGGGACUGGGACUUGGAGCAGCAGUGUCACUAUGAACAAGACCGUAGUGCACUUAAGAAAAGGGAAUGGGAGCGGAGAAAUCAAGAAGUCCAGCAAGAAGACGAUCUCUUUUCUUCAGGCUUUGAUCUUUUUGGGGAGCCCUACAAGACAAACAAAGGUGAUGCACUUGCCAACCGAGUCCAGAACACGCUGGGAAACUAUGAUGAAAUGAAGGAUUUGCUAACUAACCAUUCUAAUCAGAAUCAUCUAGUGGGAAUCCCAAAGAAUUCCGUGCCCCAGACUCCCAUCAACAAAAAUGAACCAAGCUUUUUUCCAGAACAAAAGAACCGAAUGAUCCCACCUCAUCAGGAUAGCCCUCACUCCUCGGCACCAAUGCCUCCACCUUCUGUUGUGAUACUGAAUUCAACUCUAAUACACAGCAACCGGAAGUCAAAACCUGACUGGCCACGAGAUAGUCAGAACACUAGCGUGGUACCGGCCAGCCAGGCUGGUAGUCAGCCCAACAAGACGCAGCCGUCAACACAGGACCAGCCCCCUGCCAGACUGGAAGACUUCUUUGUCUACCCAGCUGAUCAGCCUCAAGUUGGAGCAGCUGAAGAGUCAAACCCACCUGCAAAGGAAGACGGUAAUCUCAAGUCCAGUGGAGGGGAUACUUUCAAAGAAAUCUUUCAGUCCAGCUCACCAGAAGAAUCUGAAUUUACACUGCAGGCGCCUGGCUCUCCCCUAGUUGCCUCCUCUUUAUUAGCUCCCAGCAGUGGCCUUGUGGUUCAAAACUUCCCACCAGGGGUUUACUGCAAAACAAGCGUGGGGCAGCAAAAACCAACCGCGUAUGUCAGACCCAUGGAUGGUCAGGACCAAGCCCCGGACAUCUCUCCCACGCUGAAACCUUCAAUUGAAUUCGAGAACAGCUUUGGGAAUCUGUCAUUUGGAUCACUCUUGGAUGGCAAACCCAGUGCACCCAGUUCAAAGACUAAACUGCCAAAGUUCACCAUUCUCCAAACAAGUGAAGUGAGCCUUCCCAGUGACCCAAGCUGUGUUGAAGAAAUCUUGCGGGAAUCCCAGCAUCUGACCCCAGGAUUCGCCUUACAAAAGUGGAGCGACCCGACCAGCAGAGCUCCUACAAAGAUGCUUGAAGACGACCUUAAGCUGAGCAGCGAUGAAGAUGACCUUGAACCCGUGAAGACCUUGACCACUCAGUGCACUGCCACUGAGCUCUACCAGGCUGUUGAAAAGGCAAAAUCUAAGAAUAAUCCUGUAAAGUAAGUUAUUUUUUUUUUAUUAGUUGGAAGUGUUCAUUUGAAUGUACUCCAGGCAUGUGAAAAAAGAAGGUCAUAAAAGAGACCUUGAUUUUGAGUUCAUCUCUAUUCAUGAAAAUUUAA